AUGGAGGAAAAGAGUCAAGUUGUGGAACGAGAUACCAAGAAGGAUGAGAUUCAUGAAAAGGAUAGGAAAUCUAAAAGUUCCAAGAAGAGACAUCGUAAGAAGAAGAACGAGAUGGCACAUGCUACCAGUGAAAACCAUAAUCAUAUAGCCUGCAGAGAUGAGCACGAAAUGCACAGCACGUGUAAUGUGAAUAUUUCCAUAAAAGACAUACAAAUGGCGAUGGAGGUAUUUAAUAUACAACAGAAGCCUGCCAAAACUCAAGAAGAGGCUAUGCAAAAACCUUAUCAGUUUUGGAGUACACAACCGGUACCAAAAAUGGAUGAGAAGAUAGUGAAAAAUGAACCCAUUGAACCUGAUAAAACAUAUAUAAGGGCAGAACCUUACUCGUUACCUGCAGAUUUCCAAUGGGAUACUCUGAAUCUUGACGAUCCGUUAGUUUUAUGUGAAUUGUAUACUUUAUUGUCUGAGAAUUACGUGGAAGAUGACGAUGCUAUGUUUAGAUUUGAUUACCCACCAAGCUUUUUGAAGUGGGCGUUACAACCCCCUGGGUGGUGCAAAGAAUGGCACUGUGGGGUAAGGGUCACUAAAAGCGGACGUCUAGUCGGUUUUAUUUCUGCCAUUCCAGCUACUCUGCGUGUUUAUAAUCAUACUCAAAAAAUGGUGGAAAUUAAUUUCCUCUGUGUGCACAAGAAAUUAAGGUCAAAAAGGGUUGCUCCAGUGCUAAUACGUGAAAUAACCAGGAGAGUUAAUCUUCAAGGUAUAUUUCAGGCUGUGUACACCGCUGGUGUAGUAUUACCAAAACCAAUAGCUACUUGCAGGUAUUGGCAUCGUUCCCUAAAUCCAAAGAAACUAAUUGAAAUAAAGUUCUCUCAUUUAUCUCGUAACAUGACUAUGCAGAGAACUUUAAAAUUGUACAAACUGCCAGAGAAUACAAAAGUACCAGGGUUUAGGAAACUGGUAGAAGCAGACAUACCACAGGCUCAUAAAAUAUUGACAGAUUAUUUGGAGAAAUUCGAUUUGGCACCGAUCUUCUCGAUCGAGGAAUUCCGACAUUGGUUUCUCCCGCAGAAUGGGAUUAUUAAUAGUUUCGUAGUUGAAAACGACGGUAAAAUUACCGACAUGGUUAGCUAUUAUACAUUGCCAAGCUCUAUAAUGCAUCAUCAAACACACAAGACACUUAUGGCAGCGUACAGUUUCUACAACGUGUCCACGGUGACUCCUUGGCUGGAACUUAUGACUGACGCACUGAUUUCAGCACGGAAUCUUGACUUCGACGUGUUUAACGCGUUGGAUCUGAUGGACAACAAAGAGUUCUUGGAACCGCUGAAGUUUGGUAUAGGUGACGGAAAUCUGCAAUAUUAUUUGUAUAAUUGGCGUUGUCCUAGCAUGACACCCGGAAAGAUUGGUUUGGUGCUCCAGUAGACUUCUAGCACAACGGAUCGUUGUCUAGAGAAAACAUUUCUUUCGCACGUGCAAGCUUAACAGAAAAAAGGGUGUGAUGGUAAAAGUUAAAAAAAAAAAAAUGACAAAAAAAGGAAGAGAGAGAGAGAGGAGAGAAGGGAUACUGUGAGAAAGAAAGGAAAGGAAGUAGAAAGUACGAGAUUAAAACGGGGAUGCGAAUAGGACCUUGGCUUCUAUCGACGAGCUAUCCAAAAGCACAUUCAACGAUCGAAAGGAAUCGACGUUUCCUUUGACGUGUCAAGUAGGAUGUUCCAUUGGAUCCUCCUCCCCCCACAUUGGGUUUCGUGGAUGUUAUCUUUCGCCUCCACCUCCGCUCAUGACGCUAGUUCAAGGUCGAAAUCGGAAUACGCAUGUGCAACGGCGUGUGUAUAUACGUAUGUGCGUGACUCGAGCAAUGUAGAUAAAAUAUCGUACACUCUAGUAAUUUGCAGAAGCCAUGCGGAGGAAAAUUUCCCCCUCUUACAGGUAUCCAUCGUCGGCCGCGUCAACGUGUUAUACGUCCGUAUGAAAAAAUGAGAAAAAUUGUCUCCACACAAAGGGUAACCUUGGGAAAAAAGAAAAAAAAAACGCUGUUUAAUUUAAUCGAGGAUCCGCACGAUUUUCCCCUCGAGCAUCUUUCCCCGAUGAAAAAUAGAUCGGAAAAAAGUAUGCCGAAGUGAGAGUGGAAGAAGGAGAGUUUAAAUAAAACAAGGUCGAAAGUAAAGUGUUCCGUGUGUUUGUUUAACCCUUUCGUCCAUCUCCCCCGAACACCCCUAUCAAACUUUAACGAUAAAUCUCAUUCUCAUCUCGAUAAGCCCCUUUGUGCCACCUUUUUUUUUCUCUCUCUCUCUCUCUCUCUCUUUCUCACCCUGUUGCACAGAUGGAAAAAAACCGUUUGUUUCUUAUUGCACGUCGACUAUACCCAGGUUUACAGCCUCUUAGCGGGGAGAUUCGACGAUUUUAGAUCGUUCGCUUUGGCAAAGCUUUCCUUUCCGGUUGUGUGCACCUUAUAGUGGCGCGCGGUUGCGUAACGAGGGUUCGCUUCCGGCGCCGAUUAGAU